AUGUUAGCUCCGAAUUUUCACGUCAACGCCCCUGUCCCGCCAGAUCCUGUAGAGAAGCCUUCUACAUACUCCCCGGACGAGGUCCCGUCAUGUGGCGGACACGGGACCCUCGAAAUUCUAGAGGUGACUCGGUACCUUGAAGCCCACGGCAUUGAAUGUUGCAUUGUUGGUGUUUCUGCACUGAUGUUCUACGGUGCUGGAAGAGUCCGAGAUGUAUGGAAUAUCCCCCGUUUCACUCCUUUCGAAUGGGAACUUUGUGUUCCUAGUGAGAAAGUCGGCGAAGCUGUUUCCCUCCUUGCGUCAGAUUCGAUGGCCCCCAAAAUCCACGCUGUACCUCCAAUUCCUAUACCACAACCUUCAUCACUCAGUCAUACCUAUCAUCGAUUCAAAGGGGGGGGGGUCCAUUUCUACUUUAUUUUGGUGCCUGCAUACGACGUCCAUAUUCGCAGCGGACCUUUUCGCAUACAACGCAGUUCAAACGGUGUACCAUAUCCCACAUUACCGGUCCUCAUGCAAAGUUUCUUGGAUAUGAAUGACGAUGUAUCGUUAUGUGAUUGUAUUGAUGGGUCAAAUGUGUCAGAAGAGUGGGGGAAUCAACAUCUGAGAUUAGACGGGACCAAUGAUUUAGAGUGGACGAGGAAGAUGAACAUAGCAGCUGCGGAAGCUGCAAGGGGGAAAGGAUGGAUGUUUGUUCAUUACUUCCCCACAUCAACGAUAAGCCGACGAGAAAAGUGGGAAUCACGGGUACGAAGUAAGAAGGGGAGAAUGGGUUGGACUACACCCGAAGGUCUAUUUGACACACGAUUUCGACUGAAGGGGUCACCAGAUCCGUGGACACAAAAAUUCGUGUCAAGUUAG